AUGAAGAAAAUUUUAUACUUAGCUUUUGCUUUCGUUUGUAUUGUAGAAUUCAUUGCUUUCACCAAUGAAAUUUUAGAACAUGUUAUUAAAAGAGUAAAAAGACAUGAUAUUUGGGGACCAACAUUCAAAUAUAAAUAUGCUGAUAACAAAGUUGAAAUAUGUGGAUGGGUUUCUUAAGGAUGA